AUUGAAUACGGAUGACGUGAACAUGGCUUUGAGGGGGGGUCGAUCUCACUUAUCUCCCGUAGCUAGUACGACUAGUCUUUUAUCUCUUUUGCUCAUCCUGGGGGUAAUCCCAAGGUGCUACACACUUGGAAAUUUCUGCAUUACGUGCGAUUUAAAUUUCGUCAUCGGUGGAAAGUAUCUAUUGCAAGAUAGAACACAAUUGGCGGGAAACUUCACCCAUAAGCGGUCGAAAGCCAGGGUAAGGUGUGUUUAUCUUGCGCUAGAGCUUAUCGCAUUUAAGGGGAUAUAAUUGGACUUGGCUUAAAUUUUACAGCGUACCUGUGUUACUUCCACGACCCUCGGGAUUCAUAUCAGUGCAUAUC